AUGCGAGGUCAAUUGAGAUUUAAAAAGAAAAGAAAAAGAAUCUAAUUUAAUUUGUAAAAUUCUUUAUGCGGGAGAAGAAGUAAUAAUGACAACAAGUUUCGUUACUUUUUGUUGAGUAAAAACUAAAAAGUAGAAUGAUAUUUAUUAGUUAUCAAAUUCCACAGCCAUUCAAUCGACUACUAAUGAAACACCAACUAUUAUGGCAGUAACCAUAAGGAAUUCUCCUUUUUAAUAAAAUUACCAGUUAAUUUUUACCAAAAGAGAAAGAAGAAACUUAAUUAAAUUCAAAAAGAAAUUUCAAAAGCACUUAAUAAUUAUGAUCAUUUUGUUAAGUGUUGUGAGUUUAGGUGCAGUGGGUAGCUAGAGGGAGAGGAGAAAAUGAGGAAUUCAACACUCUCCUUCUCUCUCUAAUCUCUGAGACUCUUCUGUGUCAACAGUCGGAAGCCAACUCCAUACACAAGGCCAAUUCUUUGUUACAGCCAUAGAAACAUUAACAAAAUGGAACAUCAAGAGAGGCUUCUUGGAUCGGAAGCAAAUGAUAAUAGUGAUUUGAAAAGAAGGAUUUGGGUGGAAAACAAGAAAAUAUGGAGGGUUGGAUUUCCUGCUAUGUUAGCAAGAACUACACAAUUUGGAAUGUUCGUAGUAACACAGGCAUUUAUUGGACAUAUUGGGGAACUUGAACUCGCAGGUUAUGCACUUACUCAAAUCAUCAUCAUUCGAUUUGUAAAUGGAAUUCUGCUAGGAAUGUCAAGUGCAACAGAAACGCUAUGUGGGCAAGCAUUCGGAGCAAAACAAUUUCACAUGAUGGGUAUUUACUUGCAAAGACCUUGGAUCAUCAAUUUAGUUACUGCAACAAUUUUGCUUCCUGUCUUCAUUUUCUCAGCUCAGAUCUUCAGACUACUCGGUGAAGAAGAUGAAAUAGCGGAUAUGGCAGGAUAUAUCUCCCUGUGGUUUAUCCCCAUUCUCUACUUCUUUGCCAUUGGACUGUCCCUGCAAAAGUACUUACAAACUCAGCUCAAGAACAGAAUUGUUGGGUGGAUUUCUGCUGCCUCAUUCGCACUUCAUGUGCUCUUGUCAUGGAUAUUUGUCAGCAUACUAGGUUGGGGAAUUCCUGGAGCAAUGAGUGCUAUGAUUAUAUCAUAUUGGUCCAUCAUUAUUGGAACGCUAGUGUAUGUCUUCUGUGGCUGGUGUCCUAAUUCAUGGAGAGGAUUCAGUUUAGCUGCAUUUUCUGAUUUAGCUCCUGCAAUAAAGCUUUCAAUAUCCUCGGGUGUGAUGCUUUGCUUAGAGUUAUGGUACAAUGCUGUUCUAGUGCUCUUGGCAGGGUACAUGAAAAAUGCGACAACACAAGUAUCUGCCCUGUCCAUUUGCCUCAAUAUCACCGGUUGGGAAAUGAUGCUAUGCUUUGCCUUCCUAACUUCCUGCACGUACGUUUUUUUUUCCUUUUUCUUUUGAGACAUGGAUAUUUCUAUGCGUACAAACUGUGACUUAUUGAUCAAGGAGCUAUAUUGAGCUCUUAUUAAUAUCAUCUUCACCGAAUCACUGUGUAUGGGAAUUUUCUUUUUCAUUUUGUGCUUAGCAUUAGACCGCCAAAUUGCGAGAGUAUUCACAAGUGAAGAAAAUGUCAUUGAAGCUGUCUCCAAACUUUCUGUGCUACUUGCCUUCUCUGUUCUACUCAAUAGCUUUCAGACAGUAUUUACAGGGGGUGCAGUAGGUGCUGGUCGACAGGGUACAGUUGCAUACAUUAACAUCUGUAGCUAUUAGCUAAUUGGUGUGCCUAUUGGGGUUGUUCUUGGAUACGUGGCUCAUUGGAAAAUUAAGGGUAUAUGGAUAGGAAUGGUAAUUGGGGUUGUAAUACAAGUUCUCGUACUUGGCUACAUUACAUUUACAACUAAUUGGGAUGAACAGGUGAAAAAAGCAUCGGAGCGUCUCGGUCGGUUCUUAAGACCUUCAAAUGAAUCUAGCAAUGAAAAUUCCAUACAAGAAAGAUCCAGUAGUUGAUCAUUACUGUAAGAGUGAAUCACCCGAAUGAAUGAUUUUAGAAGAGUAGCAUGAAUUCUCAAAUUAUCAGAAGUUUCACAUAUAAGCACUGUCCUAUAGUAGUCCAUAUAUUGAUAUAUAAAAAAAAAAAAAAGAAUUGUCUAUAUUUGGUGUAUGUAAUCAAUUACAUACUAACCGUCUCUUUUUCAAAUAAAAAAAAUUCAGUUAUUUAUCA